ACACUAGCUACUAGGACAUGGUAGUAGCAUCACACCAGCAUAUGAAUGGGAAUGUGUUGGGCCCCCAUACUGUAUAAAACAGACUGGGUUUCUUCUAAACUUUGCUCCCCGUGGAGCUAGAAGGUAGAAUUUUGGUACUCAAUGGAUUAUUUGGCUUCUGAUAGCUUCAAAAUACUCAAUUAUCCCAGUUCUGCCAAGGGCUUCGAAGCUAAGGUAGCUUAGCAUCAUCUCCUCCACGGUAACGUUAUGCAAACCGGGAGGGAUUAGCUAGCUAGCCGCUAACUCCAGCUAGCGGUUUUAGUGAAUGUUGGAACAUUAGACUUGAAUUAGGAAGGGUUUAAGAAGUUCCUUUUGUCAAAGUAUACAACGCGUGCGAUCGUUUAUUUUACAUGUAAGUAAAUCCUUUCAAAAUGGACCUGAAUUUUUAUUCUCUUUCGGAUGGUUGUGCUCAAAAUGAUUCGGAGUUUCUGGACACACAAGCAUAUGGCGGAUACUCGGAAGAAAACAAGUUUCCAGAAGGCGGCGACACCUAUCUCACCAUCAGUGGAACGGGCCACCCUUUCUUGUCUGCUGAGCAAACAUUCCACACCCCCAGUCUCGGUGAUGAAGUGUUUGAGAUUCCCCCCAUCUCCCUGGAUCCAGACCCCCGUCUGAGCAUCAGUGAUGGAGUGUCCCACUAUGAGAUGACAGAUGGGUCGUCAGGAGGGCCUCCAGGAUCCCGGAGCCUUGUCAGCAACCUGGUGGUGGCAGCCAAUGACCCUUCCUUCGCCUCCACUUAUGUGAACUCCGGGUCUCAAGGCCUGGAGCAGCUGAACCUUGCAGCAAUGGGCCAGGGUGGAGGGGGGGCCCUGCUGAGCUCCUCUGCGCUGGAACUUGGGAGUUCCGGCGUCUCCCAUUUCAGCAGUUCCUCCCCCAUGACCAUUGACGUUCAGCUUGGUGACAUCAGUCAUGGUCUUUUGGGAAGCAGCCAGUUGAGCACUAUUAACCCGUCGGAGCUGGCACUGGGUCUCGGGGGGGAUGGCAUCCCGCAUCAUUCAGACGCACUGGACCAGCCGCUCUCUGCCACACCCUCACCGGCCGGCUCGCUGCAGGAUGAGGACAUGGAUGACUUCAAGAGGAGUGUGCUUGUAGACUCCCCCAUGUAUCUCUCCUCCCUCGCCCACAUGUCCUCCCACCCUGCCCUUACCUCUUCAGUGUCUCCAGCCGUGGGCAGGAGGGGCGGGGGGAAGCCGGCCACGAUGUCCCCAGUGCCCGCGGCAGUGGGUGCUAAGAAAGGACGGAAAAAGAAGGACCCAAAUGAACCACAGAAGCCUGUUUCAGCGUACGCCCUGUUCUUCAGAGACACGCAGGCAGCCAUUAAAGGACAGAACCCCAACGCAUCCUUUGGGGAGGUGUCAAAGAUCGUGGCCUCCAUGUGGGACAGCCUGGCUGAGGAACAGAAACAGGUGUACAAGAGGAAGACUGAAGCAGCCAAGAAGGAGUAUUUGAAAGCUCUGGCAGCGUAUAGAGCCAACCAGCUCACACGGCCCGCCCCUGAGGAGAUGGACACCUCCCCUCUACCUCCUCCACCCGUGUCCCAUCCGACCCCUGCAGCCCUUCAUUGUGCCGGUCACCAGGCCAUCCGCCCGACUGCCACCAGCCUGGAGGAGAACACCAUCACCAACAUCUGCGCCUCCAACAUCAUCCUGGACGUCCCGGAGAGGGCCACACGUUCCCGCACGGGGGCGAACAAAUCCCCGGCUCCAGCAGCUGCACUCCCGCACACCCAGACUGUCACCAAGAUUGUCAUCCCCAAGCACAUGCUGCAGGCGGGGGGGCAUGUGGUGACCAUGCUGUCCGGUGGGGUCCGCUCUCUGCAGCCCUCACUGGUGGCCUCCCGUCAGCCGCCCCCGCUGCAGCAGAUGCAGAACGCGCCGCCGCCGCCACGGCUCCAGCAGAUGGCCCCCGCACCUCCACCUUUACAGGCCAAGCCGCAGGGGGGGAACUCCACGGCGGGUUUCCCUGUGAGCGUGGCGGCUACAUCUCCACCCCCACUCCAGAUAAAAAUAGUGCCCUCGUCCUUGCAGGGCAAAGAGACCCUGCCCAUUAUGGUCCCCAACACCAUGGCCGUGUCAUCCAACCCCACUGCAUCCGCCCAGGCGCCCGUCGUGUCGCUGCAGGUGAACUCUGCAGACACGUCGGGCAGUGCGGACGACGACGAGGUCACAGAGGUGCUGCACUCAGAGGAGGAGGACAUGGAGGUGAAUGGGUCCGGCGAUGCGGCGACUAUUGGGAGUGUGUGUGUGAGGACGGGCUGCAGGAACCCCGCGGUGGAGAGCGACGACUGGGACAAAGAAUACUGCAGCAACGAAUGUGUGGCCACUCACUGCAGGAACAUAUUCAAGGCGUGGUGCUCGAUCCGGAAUCAGACCAUGGUGAAAUAGAUAGCAGCUGCGGCAUACAUCCAAAACCUUUUGAAACAGGAGACAGUGUUAACAGUGGAAGGACCAUUGCAGUACUAAUGCAGCCCAGAAACAUUUGUCUGAUUUGUACUACAAGUCUGACAGUUACAAGUAGUAUUGCACUAAACAAGGAUUCGAUAUUAAUAUUUUGCCAGGAAAAAAAUGUAGUGUUAUGUCUUGAUUAUUUGUACAGCUUUAACCCUUGUAUUAUGUUGAAAAAAAAUUACAUUGAUUAUGUUGCGGGUCAUUUUGACCCAUACUGUGUAAAUGCACUCAAAACAGUCAAGAAAACAGGUUAAACCAAUAACAACUUUAUUUUAGAUUACACAAACAUUUAGAAAAGUGACAUACAAUACAUUUCUAAUUCCAACACUAUAUUUAAGAACUAUUUAGUCUAAUCCUCUUGUCCUCCUCCCGGGUCAAAAUGAUAAUUCUUCCCUGCUUCUUUCCUCCUGCCAUGCUCUCUCCUUCCUUCUUCUCAUCCUGUUUUCCUUCUCUCUGUUCAUCCUCCUCUAUUCCCUUCUUUUCUCCCUUCCUUCCUUCCUUCCUUCCUUCAUUCUUUCCUCCUUCCUUCCUUCUUCUCUUCCUUCCUUCCUUUCUCCCUUCUUUCCUUCCUACCUUCUUUCCUUCCUCCCUUCCUCCUUCCUUGACCAAAGAAAGCACAAGGGCUACGUUUUUCCCUCUUCAUGAACACAUUUCUUUUUAACUUUGACUUCAACUGUAACUUCAUCCCAGCAAACUUCAACUUUUCAAUGUUCUCGACAUGAUGGACAGAAUGUUACUGUGUGCUUCCUGCAGAUGUAAUUCUUGCAUUUCACACAAGAGGUACUUGUUUUACUGUCCUCUCGGGAGGGACAGACCUGGCAUCUUUUCCUUUUCUUUCCACCUGUGUCCACUGGAUGUUGGUUGGGUGAGGUUGGGUUGGGUGAGGCUGCAGGUUGGUCGGGUGACCUGAGCUUGACCUUUUCAAUGACAGCUGCAGCUGCUGGGGAUCGAGCUGGCCUGGCUCGCGUCUGGAUCUUGGGAGUGAUAAGUGCUUUGCCGAGUUCUUCCAGGAAAAGCCGACGUCUGUACAAUUUGCCGGCAUUCCAUUUCUGGUUGAUUGCAGUCCACAGGACAUAGGCAUUGUAAGCAGACAUGUCCACAAUGUUGUAGAAAAUCACCAAAGGCCAACGGGCUGUCUUGCGCUGGCAGCUGUAUGUUGCUGUGACUUUGUCCAGAUUGUCAACUCCUCCUUUGGUGGAGUUAUAAUCCAGGAUCAUUUGUGGCUUCAUGUCUUCUCUUGUGCUCAGGGAUGCAAUUGUACUCAUUACAAGAACAUUCUUGUUUCUCUUUGGGCAGUAUGAAACAACUGUUGCUUUCUCAGUGAAAGCAAAUAUUGAGGAAUGCAGAGGUCUGCCCUGCAUCUUCAGAAUUUCAGUGGGAAGUUCUGGCUUAUUUCUUCUGACUGUUCCCAACAUGGUCAGCUUUCUCUUCUGAAGUUCAUCUCCAAGGCGGUAGGAUGUAAAGAAGUUGUCACAUGUGAUGUUAUGACCUUGCAGCCCUUCACUCAUUUCCAGCACCACACGCAUCCCCUGAUUCUUCUCAGAUGUUCCUCCAGGUAGCUUUCCAGUGUAUACUUGCAUAUUCCAUGCAUAGCUGGAUUUUGCAUCACAGGCUGCCCAUAUUUUGAUGCCAUACUUGGCGGGCUUGUUGGGCAUGUACUGUCGGAAAGGACAGCGCCCCCUGAAUGGAACAAGGCGCUCAUCUACAGUAACAUGGGGACCAGGAUUGUACAACAAAGGUAAAAUUUCAACCCAUUUAUCCCACACAUCUCUGAUCGCAGCUAGUUUGUCUCUUUCACGUCGACCAGCUCUGGUGUCGCGGUUGUCAAAGCCGAUCACACGAGAUAUCAUGUGGAAUGUCUCCAGAGACAUUGUUGCAUGAAAGAUUGGCCUUCCAUUCUCUUCAUUCCAUAGACUUGCAGUUGUUUCUCCCUUUGACCUGUACACUCCAGCUAAUAACAGAACUCCAAUGUAAGCAUGCAAGUCAGUCGGAUCCAGUGGUUUCCAUUUCUCUUGAAACACACGUCUCCCCUCCAAGUUGGUCAUUUCCAGUAUAAUCCUCUCUAUUGGUGAGGAUAUGAAGAGCUGAAAUGCUGAUUGAAUCUCAUCAACUCGUGUGACAGCAAAUCUUGUAGGACCGGGAGUCAUUUUGACCACAUUGGAAGAUGACAGUCUGCCUCGGCUUGGGUGUGGUGAUGUUGACCAUUUUAUAUUACCGUCCUUAGAUGCCCAUGUCCCCUCUGUGGAUGAUGAUUGCUGCAUUCUUUGGUUUUCAUCUGUUGGAGGAACAACGGCAGACUCGUCCUCUGAAUCCUCCUCAUCGUAGGAAAAUUGACAAUCUGGAUCAGCAAUAACAUUGUCCUCUGUCUCUGAAAGAUCCUCUGGUUCUGAAAUAUCUUCCUCUACAUCACUAUCCCAGUUCAAAAUCUGUGAUAAAGCCUCCUCAGCUGCCGUCCUUCUGGAGCUCAUUUUUGGUGAGUUUGUCAAAGAGAUGACAUGAGAACAGUGACAAGGACAAGUGUGAGAAAGUUCCCUCUCUUCACACACCUGGCUCUGGGUCUCAGAGGCAAUCAAUAUACAAACAAUUGUACAUCAAAGUAAAAAGUACAUCAAAGAGACAAGUUUAUUUUGGAUCUGAACAGCUAUUUAUCCAUAUUAAAGGGUCUGGGUCAAAAUGACCCGCAACAUCAUCUUUGUAUACAAACUCUGCACAGACAUUCCACUACACAUCAAAGUGUCCAGAUUUUACACACCAGUUCAUGACCCUAGAUGAUGAAAAGUCACCAAAUUUCAUCAAGAAAAAGAAAGGAUAACCAGUACUUUGGUCAACACAAAAACUGAAAUGGGUCAAAUUGACCCUUAACAUAAUACAAGGGUUAAGUUGAGAGACUUUAAGGCAGCUAAAGAAAAGAUCAUCACUAUAAAUCAUCAAAGUUAGUCUGGUAUUCUUAGUUUUUUACUUCAUAUGAAGCCCAUACCGAUCAUUUUAUAGUUAUUUAACAUUGGACGACCAUUUCAACCUUUCUCCAGCAGUUUAAGACUUGAUUGUACAGUUCUCACUGUUUCAAAAUGUUGUUCUAUGUCUCUAAACUAACAAUUUCAAUUCUUUCUUUACUAAGACUAAGGUGAAAAUGUGUUCCACUGUGUAUACCUUGGUUAGGACUGAGAACGGGGGCCUUUCUAGGUUUGAUACUGCCUUCUUUUUUUUGUAAAACAUUCUCUUCACUGUUGUUAAAAAAGUGCUCGACUUAAAUGUUUUCUUAAUAAAUCAGCAUGUUUGCUCAAA